AUGAGAAGGGACAGAGACAGCCUCUUGCUCCAGGACGGGCACCAUCGCCUUAACGCCACAUCCACGAGCACGAACUUUGCCGCCAUCUACAGCCUCUACAACGGAGACCUCAGCCCGCCCCACAACUUCACGUUGCCCUUCAACUUCAGCUACAGCGACUACGAUCUCCCCUUGGAUGAAGAAGACGACGUGACCAAAACCCGCACCUUCUUCGCGGCCAGGAUUGUCAUUGGGGUGGCGUUGGUUGGGAUCAUGUUGGUCUGCGGCAUCGGCAACUUCGUCUUCAUUGCUGCGCUGGCCCGCUACAAGAAGCUGCGCAACCUCACCAACCUCCUCAUUGCCAAUUUGGCCAUCUCGGACUUCAUUGUGGCCAUUGUCUGCUGCCCUUUCGAGAUGGACUACUAUGUGGUGCGGCAGUUGUCUUGGGAACACGGCCACGUCCUGUGCGCCUCCGUCAACUACCUGCGCACUGUCUCCCUCUACGUCUCUACCAAUGCGCUUCUGGCAAUUGCCGUGGACAGGUACCUCGCCAUCGUUCACCCCUUGAAACCCCGGAUGAACUACCAGACAGCUACCAUUCUGAUCGCCUUGGUCUGGAUCAUUUCCCUCCUCGUCGCCAUCCCAUCGGCGUAUUUUGCAACCGAAACGGUGCUCUUCAUGGUCCAAAACCAAAAGAAAAUUUUCUGCGGGCAAAUCUGGCCAGUAGACCAGCAAGUUUAUUACAAAUCCUACUUCCUUUUCAUAUUCGGGAUCGAGUUCGUGGGACCCGUGAUCACCAUGACACUGUGCUACGCCAGGAUCUCCCGGGAGCUUUGGUUCAAAACCGUGCCCGGCUUCCAGACAGAACAAAUCAGGAAGAGGCUCCGUUGCAGAAGGAAGACAGUUUUGGUGCUCAUGUGCAUCCUGACCGCCUAUGUCCUCUGUUGGGCGCCUUUCUACGGGUUCACAAUUGUCCGCGACUUUUUCCCCACCGUGUUUGUGAAGGAGAAGCACUACCUGACCGCGUUCUACAUUGUUGAGUGCAUCGCUAUGACAAACAGCAUGAUCAACACCAUGUGCUUUGUCACAGUGAAGAACAACACCAUGAGGUACUUCAAGAAGAUCAUGUUGCUCCGGUGGAGGUCCACCUACCAUGGGGCCAGAUCGAGCACAGAGAUGGACAUCAAGACGAGUGCCAUGCCUGUCACGGAGGUGGUGGAUUGCAUUAGACUGAAGUAA